AUGAAGAUCAACUCAAAAAUUGAGGACAAAAUAAAUUUGAUUAUUUCAUUUUGUUUUCUUGUUUUCUUUCUUUCUUUAAUUUUUUAUUUUUCUUCUUUACACCCUUCUUCAUUCCUCUCCUUUUUUCAUCAUAUUAUUUUUUCUUCCUUUUCCUCUUUCAUAUUACUUUUUUCAUUUUUUCCCGCCUCAUUUUUUUUAUCUUUUUCCUUGAUUAAUGAAUUCAUUUUCUUUAAAACUCUUUUAGUCUUCUCUUUCUUUCUUUCUUUCUUUCUUUCUUUCUUUCUUUCUUUUGUUCAAUUGAUUCAUUCUUUCAUUUGUACGUACUCCCUUUCUUCCUUCUUUCUUUUCUUUCAUUCUUUCUUUCGUUUUUUCUUUCUUUUGUUCAAUUCAUUCAUUCUCUCACUUGUGCGAUCUUUCUUUCACACUUCCUUUCUUCCUUUAUUUUUUCUUUCUUUUCUUCAAACUAUUCUUUUUUCGUGUGCUCAUUCGUUCUUGCUUCUUUUUGUUCAAUUUAUUCAUUCUUUCGUUCGUGUGUUCUUUCUUUCUUUCAUUCUUUCUUUGGCUCAACUCAUUCAUUCGUACGUUCUUUCUUUCUUUUUCUUUCUUUCUUUCUUUCUUUCUUUCUUUCUUCCGUCUUUUCUUUCUUUCUCACUCUCUCUUUAUCUCCGUCUUUCUUUCUUUCGUUUGUUUUUUUCGUUCUUUCUCGCCUUCUUUCUUGCCUUCUUUCUUUUCAUGGUUCCUUUGAUCAUUAUACGUUUGCUCUUUCCUUCAUUCUUUCGUUCUGUCAUACAAAUGUUUCUUCUUUCGCUUCUUCUCUCUUUCUAUCAUUUCUUUCAUUCGUUCAUUCUUUCCUUCUUUAUUUCUCUCUUUCGUUCUUUCUUUCAUCAGCCCCCUUCUUUACCUAUUAUAGAUUUUCUUUCUUUCUUUCUUUCUUUCUUUCUUUCUUUCUUUCUUUCUUUCUUUCUUUUUUUUUUUUUCAAUAUUACAUUUACCUUUCUUUCUUUUUCUUUUCAUAAUUUAUCCCCCUUGGCCCAGUAUAAAUUUUCUUUCUUUCAUUCUUUCUUUUUUUCUUUCUUUCUUUCUUUUCUAUAUUGCAUUAUAUUUCUUUCUUUCUUUCUUUACUAUAUUGCAUUAUAUUUCUUUCUUUCUUUCUUUCUUUCUUUCUUUCUUUCUUUUCAAUAUUACAUUACCUUUCUUUCUUUUUCCUUUUAUUCUUUAUCCCCCUUCCCCAUAGAGAUUUUCUUUCUUUCAUUCUUUAUUUCUUUCUUUCUUUCUUUCUUUCUUUCUUUCUUUUUUCUUUCUUUCUUUCUUUCUUUCUUUCUUUCUUUUCUAUAUUGCAUUAUAUUUCUUUCUUUCUUUCUUUACUAUAUUGCAUUAUAUUUCUUUCUUUCUUUCUUUCUUUCUUUCUUUCUUUCUUUCUUUCUUUCUUUUCAAUAUUACAUUACCUUUCUUUCUUUUUCCUUUUAUUCUUUAUCCCCCUUCCCCAAUUUUCUUUCUUUCGUUCUUUCUUUCUUUCUUUCUUUCUUUCUUUCUUUCUUUCUUUCUUUCUUUUUUCUUUCUUUCUUUUUUUCUUUCUUUUCUAUAUUGCAUUAUAUUUCUUUCUUUCUUUCUUUCUUUACUAUAUUGCAUUAUAUUUCUUUCUUUCUUUCUUUCUUUCUUUCUUUCUUUCUUUCUUUCUUUCUUCUUUUCAAUAUUACAUUACCUUUCUUUCUUUUUCUUUUCAUUAUUUAUCCCCCUUGGCCCAGUAUAGAUUUUCUUUCUUUCAUUCUUUCUUUCUUUCUUUCUUUCUUUCUUUCUUUUUUCUUUCUUUCUUUCUUUCUUUCUUUUCUAUAUUGCAUUAUAUUUCUUUCUUUCUUUCUUUACUAUAUUGCAUUAUAUUUCUUUCUUUCUUUCUUUCUUUCUUUCUUUCUUUCUUUCUUUAUUUCCACAUUUUUUAGCUAUAGUUUUCUUUCAUUUUUUCUUUCUUUCUUUCUUUCUUUCUAUAUUACAUUACCUUUCUUUUUCCUCUUUUGCACAGCGUGGCUUUUCUUUCUUUCUUUCUUUCUUUCUUUCUUUCUUUCUUUCUUUCUUUCUUUCUUUCGUCCAUCGUGGCUUUUCUUUCUUUCUUUCUUUUUUUCUUUCUUUCUUUCUUUCUUUCUUUCUGCAAAUCCAUCGAUUUCUUUCUACCUUUCUAACAUUUCAACUUACACCUCAUUCGCCAUUCUCUGA